CCCUUAGUGACCAUCAAACAGAGACCUGUGCCUUGCAACCAGCAGACCCCACCCCUACACACACUGGGGAGGGUGUUGUUGGUUACAGGGGUAGAUCAAGAUUUGAGGUGCAGAGAUUCAUUUCCACAGGGCUGUUUAUUGACUGCCUGCAUUGCCUCCAUCCUUUGGGAAUUGUACUCAAGGGGAGAGAAAGGGAAGGAUUGGAAUGUUGUCAAUCCGUUUCGUACAGAAGUAGAACGGGAAAAGGUAAACAAGGAGUCUGAUACAGAAGGCAAAGGGAAAAGCAGACCCUCUAUCCUCUAUCUGAGGAGGGAAAGGGGGGAUACAAAUGAAAGGGUCUCAGGAGGACAGAGAGGGGUGGGAGAGCACUCUGGAGAGACAGAUCAUCAGCCGAGGGUCAAAGCUGGGGCGCAGACUGGACUCCCACAGGGAGUGUGUCCGCAAAGUUCAACUGGCCCAAGGGGCGUGGGCCUUGACUGACCCUCUUACCCAGUACUGGCUCAGUCAGGAUGGAGAACAAUCCAUGGAUUCUAGGAUUUACCUGCUGGAGAAGGUCUUGCCGUCUCUGGUCCCAUGUGUCGGGCAGCUCCUUAGAGAGGCAGAGCGGAGGGGAGAGACUGAGGGAGAGGGAGAAGAAGGGGAAAGGAGGAGGCGUGAGGUUGAAGUGGGUUCAUCUCCCUUCAGUCCCCUGCUUUAUCUGGGCCAUUGCUUGAUAAGGUCCUCCUCUGCCCCCUCUCUUCAUCCCCCUCUCAAUUCCAUCCCCCUCCUUUCUGACCGAGAAGAGGCAGAGGCAGCCCAGUACCGCCUGGGGCUGGAGCUCACUCUGCAACUGCUACAUGCACCAUGCAGCCGCUUGUCUGAGCUGAAGAGGCAGGUGGGGCAGUGCAGGGUGGAGCUGCAGAGGGGAGAGGAGAUCCAGAGGCGUACCGUGGAGAGACGGAGGGAGUGCCUGGCACUACACUUCACUGACUGGAGGCUCCAAGCCAACCACACCCUCUCUCUGUACCUGGUGCAGAAUGCUCUACUCAGCUUCAAGGAACUCCUUCAUUCCAAAAGUUCAGAUGAUCAGUUGGCCUGGGACCUGAACACCAAUGAUUCUGGCACACCUGACUCACUACAUCAAGACCAAUUUGUCCAUUAUGUGUGUCAGUAUGUCUCGGGGCUCUCUGAGGAGCAGUUCCAGCUGUUUCUGGAACAUCUCUCCCUGUGUAGCCGGGAACACGGCUGUGCUGAGAAUUUGAGGCUGUGGACAGAGACGCUCUCUCAGGCCUUCUCCCACUGUGACUGUGCUAAGACUGGGUGUCUGGACAGACAGAGAGUGUUGGUCCUUCUGCUGAGUUUCUACCAUGAUCAGAAUGAGAGCACACAGGAGUCCAUGCAUGAUCCUAACCACUGGCCAUUACAGGGACACAACCACAUGACUUGUGGUCUCCUUGGAAGCCCUGCAGCCAUGGACACAGAGAAGACCUGUAUGCCAUGUGAUGCUGGACAGGGGGACAUGCCGCAUUCAUGCCAUGAGAUAAAGGCGGGAGAAGAGAGGAAGGGAGAGGGGAACAGGGUUACCCCCACGGAGAGCCUGGAGCUGGGGCACCAAACUGCCAUAAACAGCCCAGAACCUCCAGAGGACCGGGGGAACAUAGCGCUGGACAUAGAAGAGCUAUGUGUUGUCAUGGAGUCUGGUCCCCUACCUGAAGAAGCAGAGGAUCCUGGGUCACCCUGGACCAUGUGUGCCUAUGACAGUCAGACGGUGAGCCGAGGGCAGUUCCUGCAGCUUGUGCUCAGCUUCCUGGGCAGAGCAUCCAGUGGCGCUAUGGUGGACAGCCUGGCUGAACACAUCAAAGCUGGCUACAGAGAGAAAGAGAGCGAGAGACUGCGCCGGCUGCAGCAGUGUAACCAGCAGAAAGAAGAAGACAGGAGGUCAAAGGAGGUGUCGUCACUUUUCCUCUCCUGGGAUAGCGAGGGCAGAGGAGCUGUGGACAGAGAGGAGGUGGAGCGAGAGCUAAGUCUGUACAAGGAUGGAGCAGAGGAAGGGGCCUUACAGAGAGCCUGGCAGCAUGGUGAGCCACCUCUCUCCAGCUGCUCUGUCCUCUCUCUGGGACAAUUCCAGGCCUUACUGAGGGCUUUCCUGGUGGAGCUGCCUCCAGAGGAGGGCUUAGGGGUCUGGGCCUUCCAGGAGCUCCUGGUCUACCUGCAGGAGCGGGCAGCCCUGCGAGGGGGAAAGGACAGGGGUAGAGGGGCUACCAGGCAGGCCUGGCUGCAGGAGAUUGGGAGAGCAGCCCAAAGAGGUGCAGCCCAGAUGGAGCCUGUUUAUGGGUCUGUGUUUAGCGCCGUGCUCAGAGAUGCAGAGGUGAAUGCGGAGGGGAAGCUGUUGAGUGUCUCUGUAGCCCUGCUGGAGGAAGGGGGCUCUAGGCUGCGUUACGUGGCCUGUACUACUGAGGAUGCCCGUCUAGUCCUCAACAAGAUGCUCCAGCCACACCAGGCCCCUGUCAGUUUCUCAGCCAUAGAGAGCUGUAGUCCAGUGCACGUGCCCAGAGUGGCCGCUCACGGAGGGGUCUACCUUUUCGACGAGUCUCGAGCCUCUUCACAGUGUUAUGGCUCGUUUAUCGCCAUUCCCAUAUUGGACCCCCGAGAGCAGGGACGAGCUAUUGGGGUGCUGGGUCUCGACACACUCCGAGAUUCAAACGACACACACCUGUUCUCACGCCAUGAGAUAGACUUCUACCAGGGCGUGAGCAGUGAAUUCAGCAGAGCUCUCCAGCAUGUGGUGACUCGCUGCAGCAUACUGCACAUUGUGGAGAGCGCCUCACUCUGGCUACACAGCAGAGUCUCUGCCGUUCACAGUAUCACCACCUAUCUGAUGGAGCCUUCAGACGGACAGGGCAGUGACUGCUCUCUGAGGAAGAUGAUGGUGAUGGAGGGAGGUUCUCGUCGCUCCCAUUGGCUCUCCCCUCCUCCUUCCUUACGGCGCUCAGAUCACUUCUGCAGAGACUACCUGUUCCAGUGCUGUGACACCUCCCAGGCUGGGCACUAUGUCGUGUUUGGGGCGUACAGACUGGUGCUCCCUGUGAGGGACUCAGCUGGGUGGGCCCUGGGGGUGGUGGACAUGGAGUUAGAAACCCUCUCAUCGGGCCACCAGAGGGGGCUGCAGCCCCACGAGCGCCGGGACCUGUCGUCUGCAGGGAAGGCACUGCAGGCUGCCUGCCUUCAGCUGCACAGAGAAAGCACUGGGCCGAGCAGGCAACACACACUGCUGGAGGCGAAGGGCCUGGGAGGGGAGCGGCGGGCGUCCAUCUUGUUCCUAUGUUUCAUGCUGGAGCACCUGCGCGUUCGCUGUGUGUCCGGAUUGGACCAAUCAAUUGUAGCGGCACUCCAGAGCUCCCAGGAUGCAUCUCACCACUUCCAUGUCAGUCAAGUCGUGAAGGCGGUGCUUCUACUGCUGUACCCUGAGAGGGAGGGUUCUGUCCAUACAGACAAUUGGGACCAAAUUAAGAUGAUGGUGAGCACUGACCUGGGCUACAGGCUGGCCAGGUUUGAACCCUUAGCCAGGGCAGUGACAGUGGACAGGGAGCUGGUCCACAGCUGCAUAGCAGGAGUUGAAAGGAGGGAGUUGGGGCAACAUGGAUCAUUACCACUGGAGGACCUGUAUGACUGGGUAUCCAUCUGUUUGUCUAUCUGUUCCUACUAGAUUCAAGUUUGAAAGUUUAUUCGCAACGUACACAGGAUACAACAGGCAUAAAACAGAACAGUGAAAUUCUUUCCUUGAGAGGUCUUUCCCAACAAUGCAGAGAUGAUAUAGAUAACAGAACAUUUAAAAAAAAUAAUGUUUUAAUUAAAAACCUGCACGAGAACAGUGAUGUGAGUUAGAAACAUGAGAAUGCAAGUGUAUACAUGUCAGUGCUAGUACCUUAUUGGAUUUGCAGGGGUACUGGAGGGGUUGAGGUGGGUUUCUACAUAAAAAGUGACAGGUUGUAGGGUGUACAGUUGAAGUCGGAGGUUUACUUACACCUUAGGAAAUUACAUUUAAACUCAGUUUUUACACAAUUCCUGACAUUGAAUCCUAGUAAAAAAUCCCUGUCUUAGGUCAGUUAGGAUCACC